CUUCAUCUCCUUUUGACUACUUUUUUAUGUUACUAGUUUUUAUUUUCCUUGACUGAUUAAUUUUCUCCUGGCUGUGGAAGAAAAGAGCCCUGCUGAUGUUGAUUUAAAUAAUGUCGAAACCAAUGGGACUCCUAUGGCUGCCUUUGAUCUUCACCCCAGUGUGUGUCAUGUUGAAUUCUAACUUCCUGCUGUGGAUAACUGCACUGGCUAUAAGAUUUACUCUCAUUGAUGGCCAAGCACAAUACCCAGUUGUUACCACGAAUUAUGGCAAAAUACGUGGUUUAAGAACACCUUUGCCUAAUGAGAUCCUUGGUCCAGUGGAGCAGUACCUGGGUGUUCCUUAUGCCUCUCCUCCGACUGGGGAAAGGCGUUUUCAGCCCCCAGAGCCACCAUCGUCUUGGACGGGUGUCCGCAAUGCCACACAGUUUGCCGCCGUCUGCCCUCAGUACCUGGAUGAGAGGUCACUGCUCAAUGACAUGCUGCCAGUCUGGUUUACAGCCAAUCUGGAUACUGUGGUGACAUAUGUUCAAGAUCAAAAUGAAGACUGUCUGUAUUUGAAUAUCUAUGUGCCCACAGAGGAUGGUAAGUACUCUAUGGACCACACAAGCAUGCACUCACCAAAAAAAUGCCAGCACUGUGAGGAUACCAACAUUCAUGAUCAGAACAGCAAGAAACCUGUUAUGGUCUACAUCCAUGGUGGAUCUUACAUGGAGGGUACUGGCAAUAUGAUUGAUGGCAGCAUUCUCGCAAGUUAUGGAAAUGUCAUUGUUAUCACUCUCAAUUACAGGCUGGGGGUUCUAGGGUUUUUAAGUACUGGGGACCAAGCUGCAAAAGGUAAUUAUGGAUUGCUUGACCAAAUCCAAGCUUUACGUUGGAUUGAAGAAAAUAUUGGAUCUUUCGGAGGAGACCCAAAAAGAGUUACUAUUUUUGGAUCUGGGGCAGGAGCUUCCUGUGUCAGUCUCCUGACACUCUCUCACUAUUCAGAAGGCUUAUUCCAAAAGGCAAUCAUACAGAGCGGAACAGCCCUGUCCAGCUGGGCAGUGAACUAUCAGCCUGCCAAGUAUACUCGGAUAUUGGCAGAUAAAGUGGGCUGCGACAUGCUGGAUACCACUGAUUUGGUUGAAUGUCUUCGAAAUAAGAAUUACAAAGAACUCAUUCAACAGACCAUCACUCCAGCCACAUACCACAUUGCCUUUGGGCCUGUGAUAGAUGGAGAUGUGAUUCCAGAUGACCCUCAGAUUCUCAUGGAGCAAGGGGAAUUCCUUAACUAUGAUAUAAUGUUGGGCGUGAACCAAGGGGAAGGUCUAAAAUUUGUGGAUGGCAUUGUAGACAAUGAAGAUGGUGUUUCCCCCAAUGACUUUGACUUUUCUGUGUCCAAUUUUGUGGACAAUCUAUAUGGUUAUCCAGAAGGGAAAGAUACACUGCGAGAGACCAUUAAAUUCAUGUACACUGACUGGGCAGACAAAGAAAACCCCGAAACAAGACGGAAGACCCUGGUUGCUCUUUUUACAGACCACCAGUGGGUUGCUCCAGCUGUUGCUACUGCUGACCUGCAUGCCCAGUAUGGAUCUCCAACAUAUUUCUAUGCAUUUUACCACCAUUGCCAAAGUGAAAUGAAACCCAGCUGGGCUGAUUCAGCUCAUGGCGAUGAAGUCCCUUACGUGUUUGGGAUUCCUAUGAUUGGCCCCACAGAACUGUUCAACUGCAACUUUUCCAAGAAUGAUGUCAUGCUCAGUGCAGUGGUUAUGACAUAUUGGACAAACUUCGCCAAAACUGGAGAUCCAAACCAGCCUGUUCCACAGGACACAAAGUUCAUCCACACAAAACCCAACCGCUUUGAAGAAGUGGCCUGGUCUAAAUACAAUCCUAAAGAUCAGCUUUACCUGCAUAUUGGUCUGAAACCCCGAGUUCGUGAUCACUACCGAGCAACAAAAGUUGCAUUCUGGUUGGAGCUCGUACCACACCUUCACAACCUGAAUGAAAUAUUUCAGUAUGUUUCCACAACAACUAAAGUCCCCCCUCCUGACAUGACAUCAUUUCCUUAUGUGACUCGACGUUCUCCUGGUAAAUUGUGGCCAGCCACAAAACGCCCAGCAAUGACACCUGCCAACAAUCCCAAGCAUUCAAAAGACACCCAUAAAACAGCUCCAGAGGAUACGACAGUUCUCAUAGAAAACAAGCGAGAUUACUCCACAGAGCUGAGUGUCACCAUUGCUGUGGGGGCAUCCUUGCUGUUCCUCAAUAUUUUAGCUUUUGCUGCAUUAUAUUACAAGAAGGACAAGCGGCGUCAUGAGACUCACAGGCGCCCUAGCCCCCAGAGGAACACAACCAAUGAUAUAGCACACAUACAAAAUGAAGAGAUCAUGUCGUUGCAGAUGAAACAGCUAGAACAUGACCACGAAUGUGAAUCGCUGCAGGCCCAUGACACACUGAGACUAACCUGUCCACCUGACUACACGCUUACUUUGAGAAGGUCCCCAGAUGACAUCCCGUUAAUGACACCCAACACCAUAACCAUGAUUCCAAACACAUUAACAGGAAUGCAGCCUUUGCAUACUUUCAACACCUUUAGUGGAGGACAAAACAGUACAAAUUUGCCCCAUGGACAUUCAACCACUAGGGUAUAGCUCAGCCCUUCCCCCUCUACCCUUACAAGCCACUUGGAAGAAAGAAAAAACAAACAAACAAAGAAGAGGAAAAAGUUAUAAUACCGUCCUUUGAACACCUUGUCAAAAUCUAAAGUAAAAACAAGUUAAAGAGAAGGACAGUCAUUAUUUUCUUACUGAUCCUUCCCACAGAAACUCACUGAUGUUAAAAGAUCAACUACAAACCCUGUGAAAUGUGAAAAGUGUACAUUGCUGUUAUGAUACUGCUUUAAGAUCUCAGCCAAUUUGAUUGAAAGUUGAGGACAGAAGAAGUCACUUAAAAUGGUGUUCUGAGUGUAACAAGCAAAGCAGAGUCUUCUGGAAUGCAGAGCCAGUGACUGUACAGGUGUUUUAAUUUUUUUUUUAAUAAAAUAAUAAAAAAAAUUCUUUAUGUGCCAUACCAUGAAUGGCCCUUGCUAAAACAAAGACAUCACCAUGGGCUUUUACCCAGCAUAUGAAUCUGUAAUCCAGAUUGGGGAAAUAGAAUUUUAUUAUUAAAAACAAAAACAAAAAAAAAGAGGAGGACUGACUAUGCAGUAAAAUAGGUAUAGUUCUGUGCAAAGAGAUGACUUGCCAGCAUGAACUAUAUUUAAAGAAACUUUGUAAAAUUGUACAUAGCUGUGAGUUUAAAAGCAAAAACAAAAACAAACAAAAAAAGCAGCUUUUAUUGAUGUUUUCAGUUUGAAAAGAGCUUUUAGAAAGAUUGUGCAUUUGGUUGUGACCUAUGUGUAUAUACAUUAGUCAUAUCACCUCUGUUUCCUCCAAGCCCAAAGGAGGAAUUUCUUCUUAAUUACUAGUGGUAAACAAAAAACAUGAGUUUGUUCUAACAUGUUUCAUUUAUAUGAGGCCAUGGUGUCAUGCAGAGGAUACAGUUGUCUGUGUGACCUGUGUAUUUUCUCUUACAGGUUACACUAGUGCAUGUUAAAGUAUUCAUAGGAGAUCGUUGUUCUUUUCUGAAACUUUUUUUUCUAUAAUUUAAUUUUGUGUUAGCCUUUGUUAAAUUGCAACACGGCAAUGGAUUGGAAAAUGGAGGAAAAAAAAAAAAAACACAAGAGAAAAUAAUUACUAUUUUAAGCUUGUUGGACUGAACCAAGAAACAUCCAAUAAUAUAUAUUCAGAGUCCAGUUUAUAGUUCUUGGUUAUUGUGAUACAUUAGGAAGAGUUUUGUGCCCUGACAAAAGCAAAGAAAGCCUGUGUUUUGGUCAGCCUUUUCUGAGGAAAGCUAGCUCUAUAUUCACCAGCAGUUGCAGCAGAAUCUCAGCUGAGAAAGCACCUUCUUAGCUUUGCUAAGUGAAACAAAAACACAAUUUGAAAGUGGAGAAGUGGUGAGUUGUUUGGCUGGCUGGUUUUUUAAGUGUUCAGAAGUGAUCAGUGUGCAAAGAACUUCUCUGCCCGGUAUCCUGUUUUGUGCUUGAAAGUGUACCUGUCUGAAAAUACUUUUUCUUCUGAUUUAUCACACGCAGUAGUCCCAUAGUCAGUGAACACUGAGAGAGAAGGAGAGACAUUAUCAGUUGUUCUUCAUCUGAACAAAAAUGAAAAUCCCAGCAAGCAUCACUCUCAGGAAGGGCAAAAUUCAUAGCUGAUUAUUCCCUUCUGUCUUUCCUUUGCAGAGGCAUGAAAGCAGAGGUAUAAACAUAAGGAACUUAGCAGUUUGAUUCAAACAACUGAUUCAAAUAUUAAAAGCUAGAAAUAAGUUCUUACAGAUGAAGAUUGCUUUAUAUAUUGUCUUUGAAAGUUACUCCAUCAUUGAGAGAUAGUAACCAAAGAUACUUGAACUAAUUGGUCUGCACUUGAAUAUGAUUAUCCCAGAUGUAUAUUCUGUUAUUAAUGAACAACUAAGCUGCAUCAAUAUCAUAUGUCCCAUAAGUAUCUAACACAAGAUGCCUUGUACCUCUUCUUGUUUUCUAUGCUUUUUGUUUUCUAAUACAAUGUCUUGGAAUAGUCACCCCUACAAAUAAAAUUAAAGACAAGGUAAUUACCGAUUCACUGAGGUCUAUUCAUCUGCACAACUCCUUGUUGUAGCAGCAGUAAAACAGAUUCUGAAGGGAAGAAAUAAAAAGUUAAUUACAUGAUAAAAAUGCAACAUGUGGCUGAUAUAAUCCUUUAUCUGUCAUAAAUGUGCUAUAAACCUGAUCUGGAUGCUCAGGUUGGAAUGUGAUGAAGCAACACCCCCAAAGUACAACUGUAGCAAAUGGAAAACUGUUUCUUUUGGGGUUUUUUUCCACUGAUCCAUCACAUAAUAUUGAUUAAUGCUGACUCCAUAGUAGCCCAUUUUCACCACCUAUGUAAUGCCUCAGCUGAGAUGCACCAGUUCACGUCUUAAAAAAAAAGGUAAAAAAAAAAAAGAAAAAAGGAAAAAAAAAAGUAAUGAGGCUUGGCAUCAUAAUCAGUUGGGAAUAUUUGUAAUGUGAAUUACAGUAUUUGUUUAGUACUUCAAAUUGUUCUGUGCUAGCAAUAUGUACACUACUGCAUCAGGCUUGUGACAUUUGGGUAAAAAAAAAAAAGGUCUUGUAAGUGAAUGAUUUUAUCUUUGAAAAGUAAUUGCAAUCAAGUUGAUUUAAUAAUUUGAUACAUCUGGAAUGAUGUAUGAUUUGUAGAGGGAACAGCUUUAUACAGUCUUCAUAGAAUUCUAUAAUAAUGAUAUCAGAAUAUACUUUGCAAACUGUAAAAGAAAAACAAAAGUACUUUCCCAGGCUUAUAUUCUUGACCUUAAGAGGCACACAGGGUUUAAUGGUUUCUUCUGUUAUUGUUUUGCAGUUUUUUGGUUUUUUUGCCUUAAGUAAUGAUAGAAGAUAUAUAUGGCUGGACACAUAUGUAUAAACUUUUCAGCAGCAUUUUUAAUAAUAAAAUAUCACAGUAUUUUCUAA